AUGGUGGCCAUGAUGGGCAAGGGGCCGCAGCGAGAUGCGGAGGUCACGCAGCGAUGGUACCAGCGAUUGGCGUCGCGCGGGGUGGUGGAUCCAGAGCGGAAUGAUGAAGGGUUGAUUCAGUAUUUCGGACAGCGCGCGCCGGGGACGGCGCAGAAACGGUCGCAAUUGACGGAGGAGUUUAUUUGGUUACGGCGGGCAUAUGAUGGACGGGAGAAGUGCAGUGAUUAG